GGAAACAUUGGCACGGGUCUUCUGGGCCUCCCUCUUGCAAUAAAAAAUGCAGGCAUUCUGCUUGGACCAAUCAGUCUUCUCUUCAUUGGAAUUGUGUCAAUCCACUGCAUGCACAUUUUGGUACGAUGCAGCCAUUAUCUAUCUGUCAGGUUAGUAUGUAGCUUUUUGUUGAUGUCACUUCUGCCCUGGAAAUCAGCCUGCCAAAUAUUAUCAGCCUGUAUUUCUAUGCAGGACAUCAAGGUUUAGGGCAGGGGUAGGCAACCUUGGUUCUUUUAUGACCCGUGGACUUCAACUCCCAGAAUUCCUGAGUUAGCAUGGAUCAGCUUGAAAACCUCUCCCUUUCCCCUCAGCAUGGCUGGCUCAGGAAUUCUGGGAGUUGAAGUCCACGAGUCAUAAAAGAGCCAAGGUUGCCUACCCCUGGUUAGGAAUAGACUCUUUCUUUGCAUCCACUAUGGAAAAAAAAAUAAGCUAUUAGCAGGUUAGAUUUCUGGGUUUGUUUUGUUUUAUAUUGUUUUGCUCUCUUCUGUACUAUGUGGAUUAAUGGAGUCGAGGUGCCCGCCAUAUUUCUGUGCUGGCUGUAGGAGAGGAAACAUUUGUCCCUCUGGGAUUUGCUCAUACAGAAGCCAAGCAGGUUGGCAGAAGGAGUUCAGAUGUCCCCUUCCCUCCAGUCUGUUCACUUACUUGCAUGGAAUUCCUGAUCACCACGUGUUUGAUUGCCUUGAUUAAAAAUACCUUUCUUAGGGUAUAGUGACACCGUUAGCCGUGCCAUGGAAACGUGUCCCUUUCACUUACUACAGAAAAGAUCAUCUUGGGGAAGAUAUGUCGUUGACUUCUUCCUUGUGGUUACCCAGUUGGGCUUUUGUAGUGUUUAUUUUGUAUUCUUAGCUGAAAAUAUGAAACAAGUUUGCGAAGGAUAUGCUCAAACUAAACCAUAUGCUAUGAACGCCACAGGGACCCCUGCCCCUCCAGACAGAAAGACCACCGAUUUGAGAGUAUACAUGCUGUGCUUCCUUCCACCUGUAAUCCUCUUGGUUUUCAUUCGCGAUCUGAAGCAUCUCUCUGUGUUCUCGUUCCUUGCAAAUUUAGCUAUGGCUGUCAGCUUGAUCGUUAUUUAUCACUACGUUAUAGAGGGUUUAGCUGCACCUCAAAAACUGAUUCUGGUGGCUAGUUGGAGCAAGUAUCCCCUUUUCUUUGGCACAGCUAUCUUUGCAUUUGAAGGAAUAGGUGUGGUGCUCCCCAUUCAGAAUAGGAUGAAAGAAGUUAACCGCUUCCCAGUGGCACUCAACGUUGGCAUGGGAAUUGUGAUGACCUUGUAUAUUUCAUUAGCCAUCCUGGGAUAUGUACGCUUUGGAGACGAAAUCAAAGCCAGCAUUACUCUCAACCUGCCACAAGAUCAAUGGUUGUACCAAAUGGUCAAGAUCCUUUAUUCCUUUGGGAUUUUUGUGACCUACUCGAUUCAGUUCUACGUUCCAGCUGAGAUUAUCAUUCCUAUUGUAGCAACCAGAGUGCAGCAGAAACUGAAGCUGAUCUGUGAGUUGGUAGUGAGAAUGCUUCUGGUCUGCUCAACCUGUGCUAUAGCAAUAUCCAUCCCUCGUCUAGACAUCGUGAUCUCGCUCGUUGGAGCCGUAAGCAGUAGCACUUUGGCUUUGAUCAUGCCCCCGUUGAUUGAAAUCCUCACCUUUUACAAGGAGAAGCUAAGUGUAUGGGUGAUCUUCAAAGACAUUUCCAUAGCCUCCCUUGGCGUGAUCGGUUUCAUAGCUGGCACAUAUGUAAGUGUUAAAGAGAUUAUCUGCCCCACAACUUUGUUUUUUGAGAAUGGUACGGUUGGUUCAGCAACCUUCUUCAACGCUUCCCACUUGGCCAAGGAUGCCAAUUAAUGUCAGAAGAUUGUGGGCCUGUUGAAUUUCGUAAUAGAUGCGUGUUUGCAAACCAAAGAGAUUCCAGAUGGACAGGUUUUAAAAGAGAAAAUGGUUGGAAGAGGGAUUUCCCCCCCCCUCACCCCCCAAUGAAAUCUGCUCCUUUGGAGGAUACAACUUAUUCAAGAUUUUUCUUCUCUUCCGUUCAAGCAUCAUGGACUGCUGUGUAUUUAUUUGCAGAAGGGACCAGAAAUCAAAAACACUUCUUGAUAUCAUGUUUGGACAUCUCACAUUGAGAGAAUAAUCCCUUCCAACUUCUUUAUUUAAAGUUAAGCCAGUCUUUUGAGAUCCUCUCCGCGUAACUUCGGAGAUUAACAAGGUUUAUGCAAAAAUCUGGAUAUCGUCUCUCUCUCUCUGUGUGUGUGUGUGUAUUGUGUAAAUCUUUUAUGUUUUGAAUUUUAUGUAUCUACUUGGUAUACAAGUAGAAAAGCUUUCCAGUGGAUUCUAUUCCCCAAGUAGACAAGGAUUUGAGCCCAUUCCAUCACUGCAGUUUUUCCUCCGUGAGAUUAGACCUGAUGUCCCUGAAUUAACAGCCUCCAUGGUUUAUCUUGGUAGAGUAAGAUAAACUCAUCAUAUUAGUAAUUUCUCCUAAUGUCUGCAAAGAAAUAUGUCUUCAGACUUAGGUCUCGGUUAUGCAGAUGGUUUACAUGAUGUGAAGGAACAAGAAUGAUGCAGUUUUGGAGAGGCAAAAAAAUAGCUUGGCUCUUGGUAACAGAGUCAAGCCACAAUUGUGGAUUAUCAAAGGACAGUUCCCCCCCAGCAUGCAUAAGAGUAAUAUUACAGUUCCACAGAAAGCUGUAUUUUUCUAUUUAUUUCUAACUACAUAGAGCACUUCUAUAUUUGUAUGUAAGCACUGUUUGGUUGCAAAUGAGAUAUAUCUGUAGAAUUUUACUUUCUAUGGAAAUCAUACGUAUGUAUCCUUUAUGCUUUAAACUGUUUUUUUUAAAGAAUACAAGUUUUGAUAAUAUGAAGGUGCCAUAAAAACUCCUGUUCAUAGUAAACCAGUUGAAAACAAUUAAACUUAAUAAUAGCCAUGAUUUGAUCUUAGAAAUUUCAAGGAGUAUAUUCUAAAAAUGACGAAGUCUGGUCUUAACAGUUUGAAUCCAUUCAUGUCUUGGGGCGACCUAUUCUUUCUAAACCUUUCUCACUCUCAAUUUGCUAAAGACCUGAAUAAGAAGAAAAGGACUAUAUCUUCUGUUUUGCUUGCUUUUGGCCAUAAUAGUAUACCCUGAAAUUGUCAUAGGCUGUUAUUGUCUUUGUUCCCAUGAAAUUUCAUAAUCCAAAGCGAGCAGAAGAGCAGAUACACACAAUCUUAUGAUGUGAAAGAUUCAAUAAAAUAGGAAGUCUUCCUCUGCAUUAUGCAUUGAUAGGCUGUUUUGGAGUCUGUAUUACAGACCUUUUGUGUUUUUCGUUCAUCUGUACACAGUAUUCAUACAUCAUACGGCAUUAACAUACAAGAUAUGUCAUACAACUUCACCUUAUCCUGCCUGGGAUUUAUAUUCUUUGCUAAAGUCUUUGAUUCCUUCUUGAACCUCUUUCUCUGAGGCAUUCCACCUUUGGAAGACCUAGCUGGAGGCAGGGAGAAGGGGAGGAAGAAAGCAACACAAUUCUUUUCCUAAAAGUUGUGGAAAGGAUUGUUGCCAUGUUAUUCUUCGCUUUGGUUGCUGAAUUUUGUGCAUUCAAGGCCUCCAG